ACACCGUAAUACGACGCACAAACGCUGGCUGGGGCGAAGCAAACAAACAUGUCGGAAUUCUUAGACGACCCAUCUGUUCUCACUAAAGAAAAACUAAAGAGUGCACUUCUGGCCAAUGAUGUCUCUCUCCCUAAUGGCGAACAGAAAAAGGACGUUUAUGUUCAACUGUAUCUGAAAAAUCUGACGGCGCAAAACAAGAAGAAAAGCGCCCCUCCAGAAGCUUUCUCCAGCGACGAUGAAUUGCCAGCCCCCGUGGUCUCCAACAGAAGCCGCUCAGGCAGGAAAGCCACGAGGAAAACGGACAAGCCUCGGCCAGACGAGGUGGACGUGCUGGAGCUGAGCGACGACGACCUGAGGGAGCAGCUGCAAAAGUACGGCGUCAGCGUCGGCCCAAUCGUGGCCUCAACCCGCAACCUAUAUGAGAGGAAACUGCAGAAGCUGCUCGACGAGGGGCCUCCUGAGGCUGCACCGUCCCCUGUAGCCAUCACAGAGACAGACGGAAACCACAACGGCAACACAGAGUUCGACCAUUACAGUGACAAAGAGGAAGAGACGGCACCACCAGAACCAGAACCCGAGCCGGAACCUUCCACGGUGGUGGUGGUGGAGCGGCCAUUGAGGAGCAGAGGCAAGACCCCCGUCACCACUCGCACCAGGAGCAGCCAGCACAACAGACGUGUAGCGCUGGUAGAGGAGGAACGGUUGUUGGAUGAGAAAGAGGAGGAAGACGAGGAGGAAGAGCAGAGGCUGAACAUUAAGAGGCGUUUCCGGCGUGCUUCCCCUCAGCUUGAACUGGCCAUGAGUGCCAGCGACGAUAUCGACUUCCCUGACUUCCCGCUGUCUCCGGUAAAACCCCACAUUGGGGAUUGGAGAGCAGAACUAAGUGAAGUCCUAUUGAUGGACAAAACUUUCAAAAGUGCACCGGUUGAGUCCUACGAUAUGGAUUCUACCAUGCCCUGCAGGCCGGCUCAGGAGAAUGGGACUUCUCAGAAGGUGAGAGACCCCCAAACUGCAAGAACUGGGGACAACCACCAGGACUGCUUGUCUUCACAGCAAAAAGACAAGCGUGGAGGGACUUUCACUGGCUCCACUGACUCUGUGACCAAGGUUCCUGUUGUCUACCUUCAUGAUAUUUCUCACAAUAAGGCCAAACUUCCGGAUCCCAGACCGCCGGUGGUACUCAAACCAUCUGAGCCCUCAGUCUUUGCUGAUGCCAACGAAGGCCCUCAGCACAACACUGCAGGUCGCUUCGUCUCCUCCAUUACCAGUUUAGGGUCAUGUCACGAGGACUCCCCUGCUCCCCUGGCCACUAGACAGGGCUCAGCGUCCAGUCAGACAAGGCAUCGCAAGACUCAAGUGUCCCAGACAGUCGAACAGGUAAGCAAGGAGUCGACUACGGAGGUCCAUAAAGUGGAUGGCCGACAGCAGAAAAUCACUCCCUUCCUCCACCCCACGACCCCACUGAGGGGUCAGAGUGAUAGUCCCCGAAAGGCAGGGAUAGAGAAGGUGUCCACGGUGGAGACCCCUAAAGCAGAUGCCAGGAACAUGCUGAAGGAGAUGUUCCCCAACGAUGUCAACACCCCAACUGGCAUUAGCGCCACGUGCAGACGACCAAUCCGUGGAGCCGCGGCACGGGCAGGAAUAUCGACCGACUCCUGGCUGGACGAGUCUCGCCUCCGGCUGUCCGAGACCAACUACUCCUCCUCCUCCUCUUCGUACGUGGAGUCCCGACCGUCGACGCGCCUCCUCUCGUCCCCGCCCCCCGCGUCCACCUACUCCUCCUCGGCCAGUGCCCUGCGGCAGACGCCCGCCUCCGUCCUCACCGCCCGGGCGCCCAUCAGCGGCGUGCCCGCGCGUCGCCGCCGCUGGCUGCCCGUCUGGGCGCAGGUGCUGGCGUUCGGCGUGCUGGCCGGCUUCCUCUUCCUCGUGUACCAGGCCAUGGAGACCAACGAGAGCAACCCGUUUGGCUUCCUCGGGCAGCAGGCCGAAGAUGCGCCCGCAGGGCAGACCAGCAAGUGAAGCCCCUCGUGUCACACACACACACACACACACACACACACACACACACACACACACUCUCAGCCUGCCGCAACCGCCUCCAAAAUCCACCUGAUGCACCCCAAAACACAACUCCACCACCCCCCACUUCUCGUCCCACUGAUGAUGAUGAUGAUGAUGAAGUCACGUCCUCAUCCCAACUCUGUCCAUCCUUCUUUCCUCAUUCUUGGCCGUGUCAUUUCCUUCCACUCCUCCCCUCCGCGUCCAUCCAUCCAAACAAACGUCUUGGCCGCCAUGGGAAGAAGUGGCCCUGUUUACCGCUCCUUUUUUUUCCGUUGGCCUGUUACGUUCCUCCCCAACUUCUCCUCAAAACGUUUUUUUGUUUUGUAUGAUGUGUUUUUUAUUGAUGGCAGAUAAAAAAAGCAUAAUCACAACAGAAAAAAAAACUUUUUUGUUUGUUUGUUGCCCCAACAACAUCUCCCACUGGACUGAGACGGACUGAAUCCUGACCCUCCAGCUCCCUCCCUUCUCCCUUCAGCUCCAGCUAGAUCACAGGUCUUACAUGUACACACACCUUAAUUCAAACGUGUGUGUACGUGAGGGAUGUGGGAGAGGGGGGAGAAACUUCUCGCCAUCAGGGUCUCUAAAUUGGAUCCCACUGUCUUUGGUGCUUCCUCCUUGAGACUAAGCUGUCAGUUACCACAUUCAGGACAAAUUCAGCAAAAGCUGAAGGAAUUGCAAUUCUCUCGGUUUGUCUCUUGCCAGCACAGGUACAGUAGUCUGCUGCUUGUGUCGGACACUCCUUGAUUAUAAUUCACUUGCGACACUUACAAAGGCCCAAUUAAGUUUUUUUUUUCUGAAGGCCAUGUAUUUAAAUAAUAUAUAAAUAUAUACCUUGUUGAAAUAAUAAAGUCUGUGUUUUUUAAUAAAGUGUUUGUCAUGUAACCAGGAAGGAUCAGUUGAGCUGUUUUAUUCAUGUGUACGGGCCACAGGAGUUGCCUCUUGAUCACCUCAUUAUGUGAACACAAAAAAAAUUCACACCGCACCAAGAUGUCCAAAAGAUAAACGCAGAGUUGACAAUUGACUGACCUUUAUGCUGUAUUUUCUGUUUGUUUUUUUUCCCCCUGAAAUUAUUUUUAUUUCUAAUGAUUAAGUAAAAGCAGUCUUGUCAGCGUAUACUUCAUGUUAAACCAGGUAUACUCUCCACAAGUGUAUUGGGUAACAAUUAUUUUUUAACGCUUUGGGGUUAGCUUUGUUUGUUUUGAUAUGUCAGCAGAUUGCAAUAUUUCUGCAAUAUUUUUAUACAAUGUUCAAUUAUAAAUGCCAAGUUUUAUUAUGAUUAAUGGCUAACCACAGAAUUUAUGGAUUUAUCUGCAACUGAGGCAGGGUAGUGGACCUCACUCAUUGCCAGAAAAACAUGAAAAAGGCAAAUGUAGCCAUUAUCAUGACAAAAUGUCCAUUCAAAUGUAUUUAUUUGGUGGUAUAGCCCAAACCAUGGGCAAGAUGUGUGUGUGGUGGAAUUUUUUUUUAAUGCUUGGUGGAUUUUUUUUUUUUUUUUUUUUUUUCGUAUUGUAGUCUGUCCUGUAUAAUUUGUAGAAAUCAUAAUAAAAUUGUUAAUUUCAUGAUUUA